AUUUCGCUAUCACUCAACACAACUGGGCCCAAAGAAACCAAUGCGCAUAUAGAAGAGAAAUAAAGGCGGCUCGAACACGCUUCCACACCCACGUCUGCCAGUGUAGUCAUAGUCAUAGUCGCAACCAUGUCGACCUUUGGACAAUACUUCCGUGUAACGACAUACGGCGAAUCGCAUGGCAAGUCUGUCGGCUGCAUUGUGGAUGGCGUUCCACCUGGGCUCGAGCUCACGGAAGAUGACAUUCAACCUCAGAUGACUCGUCGCCGACCUGGUCAAUCCGCACUCACUACACCUCGAGACGAGAAAGAUCGCGUAGAAAUUCAGUCUGGCACAGAGAAGGGCAUCACACUCGGCACUCCCAUCGGACUGCGAGUCAUGAAUGAAGACCAGAGACCAAAGGACUAUGGCAGCAAAACUAUGGACAUGUACCCGCGACCAUCGCACGCCGACUGGACAUACCUAGAAAAGUACGGCGUGAAGGCUUCUUCCGGUGGAGGGAGGUCAAGCGCACGAGAGACUAUAGGAAGAGUUGCAAGUGCUGCGAUUGCAGAGAAGUACUUGAAGAUUGCGCAUGGAGUCGAGAUAGUUGCUUGGACGAAUUCAGUCGGUCCAGAACACCUUUUCCCUGCCACGAGAGAACACCCUACUCAGGCUUCGAAUCCUGACUUCCUGAAGCUAAUUGAUUCUGUCACGCGAGAAUACGUGGAUCGCUUCAACCCUGUGAGAUGUCCGAGUGAGGAGGCUAGCAGGAGAAUGGGAGACUUGAUUGCUGAGUACAGGGACAAGCAGGAUAGCAUUGGAGGCACUGUUACUUGUGUCAUCAGGAAUACGCCUAGCGGCUUGGGCGAGCCGUGUUUUGACAAACUGGAGGCGAAGCUGGCGCACGCCAUGCUGAGUAUUCCUGCAACCAAGGGAUUUGAGAUCGGCAGCGGAUUUGGUGGGUGUGAGAUUCCUGGCAGCGUACACAACGAUCCCUUCGUCAAGGCGCCAACAGCUCAAGAAGGCCGAGCACGACCCCGUCUCACCACCAAGACAAACAAUUCAGGCGGUAUUCAGGGCGGUAUCUCAAAUGGCGCGCACGUCUACUUCACAGUUGCAUUUAAGCCUCCGGCCACGAUCGGGCAAGCACAACAGACCAUGACCUACGACGAGCAGGAAGGUGUUCUCGAAGCGAAGGGUAGGCACGACCCGUGUGUCAUCCCACGAGCAGUACCAAUCGUGGAAUCAAUGGCUGCGCUGGUAAUCAUGGAUGCGCUUCUGGCACAAAGCGCGAGACAGAGUGCACGCGCGCUGCUACCGCCUCUCAAGAACUUGACUAUCCCGGUCAGCGAGACACACAACAAUCUCACAGAGAAGGCAAAUGGACAUGCAUAG